AUGCAACAACUGCACUAUGUGGAAGUGGGUUCAACAAGUGGGUCGAAGGUGAAAUUGAACGAGGCAGAGAAAUCUUCUAGCGCCGCUGAUGUUGUGCGAACACUCCAACAUGGGGUAACUCCAUUAUCAACUCUUGUGAGUACCUCAGCGAAUGUAACAGCAAGGCAUACUAUGGUACAAGAGAAUGCUAAUAUUCCAGAUCCAACGGCAGAGACGAAGGUAAAUGAAACUGAACCCUGGGCUAAACUCUUUGCUGGGAAUCGUAGUGCAGCAAAUGGUAUGACACUUGAAUAUAUCCCACCUGAAAUUAUCAAUGGAACGGUAACUGUGCAAUUAGAAAAGGAUGAGUAUGAAAGGGAAACUAAAAAAUGGAGUAGUGCGUUAAUCAUCUAUGUAGUGGGCGAAACACCAGGGUAUAACUAUAUGCGUCGAUUUGUCUCUCAAAUGUGGUCCUCUAUUGCUGAUCCUGCUAUAUUUUAUCACAAUGAGGGGUAUUAUGUGGUCAAAUUCCAAGACAAAGAUGACAUGAACAAAAUUUUGUUUGCUGGUCCCUAUUCUAUCAAUAAUAGACCCUUGAUUUUGAAGCCCUGGAUCCCUUUUUUUGAGCUGGACACUGAAUUCUUGUCUAAAAUACCUUUAUGGGUCACUUUUCCCAAGCUACCUGUGAGUUGCUGGACUAGCAAUGCCUUGGGUAGGAUUGGAAGUGCUAUUGGUACCCCAUUGUAUGCUGAUGGAUGUACAACAAAACAGACAAGGAUAUCCUAUGCUAGAAUGCUAAUUCAAGCUAAUGUCACAAAACCAUUGCCCUCAAAGAUCAAAGUGUGCUCCUAA